AUGCCUCCCCGCAGGUCGUCUCGGUCGUCACGACUGUCCACUGAACAAGAGGUAUCAAACUCUGCGAAACGCAAACGAACCGACGCAGAUGACGUAGAGGAGAAAGAGAAUGCGCCCGGAACACGUAGGACAUCGACAAGAGGUAGCGUGGGCCCUUCUUCGAAAGUACCUGCAGCACCAUCUUCCAGAGCAUCUGCAAGAACAUCUACACGUACGUCUGCGAGACCGAGUCGCGCGCUGCAAGAGGUGGCUGAGACAGAGGAGGAUGAGGAGGAACCUGUGAAGAAGAAGUCGAGAAACUCUAUCGAGGGUGAGGAUCAUGAUGAGGAUGAAAUAUUAGAGUUGCAGAAACCAAAGAGAGGUCGAGUCAAGACAACUGUGCAGGAUGACGAUGACGACGAGGUGCAAGAAGUUAAACCUUCUCGGAAGUCAUCCGUGAAGCCCCGGCCAACUCGAUCGCGCAAGACAGUCACGGUGGAAGAUUCAGAUGUAGAGGAAGUGAAGGAACCUACUGCUAUCUCGGAAGAUGAGGAGGAAAUUCAAGAAGUCAAGCCCGCCAAACCCAAACGCGUUAGAACAUCUCGCAAAGCACCUGAAGAUGACGACAACGAUAUUCAAGAAAUCAAACCUGCGCCCAAGCCUAAGGGAAGGAAACCUCGAAAGGUGACCAACAAGGUCGAAGACGAUGAUGAGGCACAGGAUAUCAAACCCGCAAAGCCCAAACCGGCUCCCCGAUCCCGCAAACCCGUCAAACUCGAAUCCAACAAUGACGAACACAAUCCCAUCACUAUAUCCAGUGAUGAAUCUGACGUUACCCCCGCUCCAAGAAGCCUUAAAGUAUCUUCUAACAAGCAGAAGGCAAUGCCGCUUCCCGCUGAUAUGGAAGUAACGCCCAGGCCUCGCAUAUCUGCCCCUGCUACGCCCCCCAAGCAUUCCUCGCCUACUGCUGAGGACAACGCAGACGACCUCGACGGAUUCCAAGAGGAAUUUCUACAGACACCUCGGCGUGUACCGCGUCAAUCACAGCUGUCGCAAAUGACACCUAAACGCCUUGCCCCACCGGAGGAGGAAGAGGAAGAGGAGGAAAUUUCCCUCCUUGAGCCCCGCGUGAAACCCGCGUCUGUGAUGCGGCCCCCGCCCGCUGAAGAACCUUCAGGUCCUAAGCCGCGUCUUGUAAUACACAAGAUGGUGCUCGUUAAUUUCAAGAGUUACGCGGGCAGACAAGAGAUCGGACCCUUCCACAAGUCUUUUUCGUCAAUCGUAGGCCCCAAUGGUUCCGGGAAAUCGAAUACAAUCGAUGCACUCCUCUUUGUGUUUGGUUACCGCGCGUCGAAGAUGCGCCAAGGCAAGCUCUCGGAGCUCAUCCACAACUCUGCACGGCAUCCUGACUUGGAUGAGUGCAGCGUGGAAGUUCAUUUCCGCGAGAUUAUUGACCUCCCUGGACCCGACGCAUACAGUGUCGUCCCGAACUCCUCACUCGUCGUCGCCCGCACAGCGACCAAGUCCAAUAACUCUCGGUACACGCUCAACUCACGGUCGUCCACCUACACUGAGGUCCAAACACUUCUCCAGGGACGUGGAAUUGACCUUACGCACAAGCGUUUCCUUAUCCUGCAGGGUGAGGUUGAAUCUAUCGCACAGAUGAAGCCUAAAGGUACUUCUGAGCACGAUGACGGGCUGCUUGAAUAUCUAGAGGACAUUAUUGGUACUGCUACGCUCAAAGCGCCAAUCGAGUCUACUCUCGCUGAGGUGGAUCGACUAGGAGAGGAGAGAGCCGAAAAGGUAGCCAGAUUGAGGAUCAUAGAGAAGGAGAAGGCGAAGUUGGACGCAGAGAGGAAGGAGGCGUUGGCAUGGCUAAAGCUUGCGAAUGAGCAUGUGAGGGCUCUCAGCCGGCUGUGGCAGUACUAUCUGUGGAAAUGUUUGGAGAAUGACGAACAAUUCGCGACGCAGAUUGAACAUCUCGAGAAGGAGCUUGAAGAUGAGAGGGAACGGAACGAGGACGACAUCACGCAUCUAGAAUUGCUCGAGACGCAUUACAAGGAGCGCGAAAAGGUUUACGAGGAAGUGAAAACAGCAGCAGAGGAGGCGGUGAAGGACAACGCUGCACGCGAAAAGCAGUCCGUGAGUCUUGAGGAGCGCCGGAAGCAUGCGAGCGCGAAGGCGAAAAAGCUGAAGAAGGCGUUGGCAGACGAUGAACAAUCGAAAAAGCAAGCCGAUAAUGUAAUCCAAGACUCUGAUGCUAAAAUCAAGAUGAAGAAGCGUGAGAUUGCGGAGCACGAAGCGAACCUGGAGAAGGAAGAGAAGGUGCUCGAGGGGAUCCGGGAUAGCUUGAAGGACAAAACGCAAGUCUUCCACGAACAGAUCGAGGCGAAGCAGAAAGAGCUACAGCCGUGGACCGCCAAGAUUAAUGUCAAACAGGCUGCGAUUGACGUAGCAAGCUCUGAACGGGACGCACUUGCAAAGAAAGCCACAGGCCUCAAAGAUGCCGUUACGCAAGCGGAGGGACAGUUGGCUGAGUUGCAGGUAGAGCAAGAGGGCAAGCUUAAUGAGUUGAAUUCCUUGAGGGCGAAAAAGGCGGAGGUGCAGAAGAAGUUGAGGACAUGUGAAGAAAAAUUCCACGCUGCUCAGUCUGGCGUCCAGGAGCUUCGAUCCAAGGCAGGUUCCCUGCGACAAAAAGCAGAGGAGGCUAGGGCAUCCCAAGCGGCCAGCACAUCGCAGAACAGAGUCCUGGAUAGCUUAACGAAGCUCAAGCAGACUGGUCGAAUCGAUGGGUUUCAUGGCCGUCUCGGUAGCCUGGGCACGAUCCCAGACAAAUACGACGUCGCAGUCUCUACCGCCUGUGGCGCCCUUAACAACAUGGUUGUCGAUACUGUCACUCAGGGCCAAGCGUGCAUCGAGUUCCUGCGCAAGCAGAACAUCGGGCGCGCGUCGUUCAUGGUGCUGGAGAAGCUUCCCACUGAUAGACUCAACGAGCAUGUGGUUACACCCGAGGGUGUCCCGCGGCUGUUCGAUCUCAUCAAGCCAAAGGAUCCCCGCUUCGCACCUGCGUUCUACAAAGGCGUUGGGAACACCCUUGUUGCUGAUAAUUUGGACCAAGCGAACAGGAUUGCAUUUGGAGGCUCGAAGCGCUGGCGUGUCGUCACGCUUGCAGGGCAGCUGAUCGAUUCAUCAGGAACGAUGUCGGGCGGUGGGAAUCACGUCUCACGGGGUGGAAUGAGCUCGAAGCUCCAGGCGGAGGCAGUGAGCCCACAAGUUUUGCAAACCUACGAGCAAGAGAGUGAGCAAGCGGCGCGUAGUCUUGAGGCGGCACAGCGGGAACUUCGCGAUAUUGAAGCAGAAGCCGAAAGGCUCACUCAAGCAGGCCCGGAAAUAGAGCUCGACAUGGAAAAGCUCACCAUGGGCGUCAACAAUGGGAAGAAACGGCUGACUGAUGCUGAGAGGCGUGUGCAGGAUCUCAAAACACAAAGCAAGCCCAACGCUAGGGAUCUUGCUCGAAUCAACACUCUAGAUGCCGAGAUUGCAUCAUCAACAGAGGAGCUUGAAGAACUGCAGACCAAGACUGGCGCUAUUGAGGCCGCGAUUAAAGAUCUUGAAAAGAAGAUUCUCGAAAUUGGUGGCUCCAAGCUGCUGAAGCAAAAGUCCACUGUUGAUGGUAUUCGUUUGAUGCACCAGCUAGCUAACGAAGAAGUCACCAAGGCCGAGGUUAUGAAGGCUACCGCAGAGAAGAACGUUGUAAAAUAUACGUCCGGAGUUGAGACCAACCGUGCGGCGCUGGAGGAAGUCGAGAGAGAGCUUGAGGAGCUGGAGGAUCAGCUGGCGGAGGUCGCACAGUAUUUGGAAGAUCUCAAGGAGAAGGUAGAAGCCGCGCAGGCUGCUCAGGAGAGCUCGAAAGAUGAUCUCGAUCACCUCAAGCAGCAGCUCCAGGAAAAACGCGAGGAAAUCGAUGAGUUCAGGAAGAAAGAGCUUGAGAUCACCCAGAAGCUUGCCGACAAGAAGAAAGAGUCUGCUGAAAAUGAGCGUGUACUUGACCACUGGCGGACGGAACACGACCAACUUAAGCUUCAUGAAAUCGAUGAUGACGACGACGACGACGACGAAGAGGAAGGUGCUGACCAAGUCGCUGGAGCUUCAGGCAGUGGUGAAGGGGCGGUGAAGCAGGAACAUGCAGACUCUGCACCUCCGAAAAAGGCUCGUCAACGAACGCCAUCGACUGAGCUAUACAUAUACAGUGCCGAUGAACUUGCACGCUUCAAGAAGAGGGAUAUGCUUGCAGAUUCUGAGUAUCUUGAUGAGAAACUUAAGAAUACCAAUCCAAACCUCAACGUUCUCAAAGAGUACAAGAAGCGAGAGGAGGAAUUCAUGAAACGGGCCAAAGACUUAGAGGAGACGACUGCAGCGCGCGACGUGCAGAAGCAACUUUACGAUGGUCUCCGGAAACAACGCUUGGAUGAAUUCAUGGCAGGUUUCAGCUCCAUUUCAUUAAAACUCAAGGAAAUGUACCAGAUGAUCACUCUUGGGGGCAACGCGGAGCUUGAGCUCGUCGACAGUAUGGAUCCCUUCUCAGAGGGCAUCAUCUUCAGCGUCAUGCCUCCGAAGAAGAGUUGGAAGAAUAUUUCAAAUCUCUCUGGGGGCGAGAAGACCCUUAGCUCACUUGCUCUCGUGUUCGCUCUGCAUGUGUUUAAGCCUACGCCACUUUAUUUUAUGGAUGAAAUAGAUGCGGCCCUAGACUUCAGGAAUGUCUCGAUUGUGGCAAAUUACAUCAAGGACCGAACCAAGAACGCGCAGUUCAUUAUUAUUUCUUUGAGGAAUGACAUGUUUGAGCUCAGUCACCGUCUCAUUGGUAUUUACAAGACUUCAAACGCAACACAGAGUAUAUCCAUCGAUAACCACGCUCUCGCUCGUCAAACUAUCAAGGCUGUGCCGACAGCAGCAGCCUGA